AAUUAUGAAGUACAAAAAUACCAAUAAAAAUUAAUACUAAAUAUGGUAAAAUGAAUAGCUAUAUUGAAAGAGUGGUAGAGUGGUUUGUAGAAAACAGUGAGAAGAGCUAAUAUGCAGUGAUUCUUUAUCAGCACUUAAGAGCAUUAAUUCAGGGGUUUCAUCAAACCAGCUUUCAUCAGUCUUGGUGAACUUCUACCGCUGCACAAUAGAAAGCUCGAGUGACGUCACUGUCACUGUCACCGGACGGUAGCUUCGCUGCGUUUGUUUGGAGUUUAGAUUCGCAAUUUACAUUUUUAUCAUAAAAUACCUCCUCAUUCACUAAAUAUUUAUCUCUCCUACUUGGGGUGAACAAUCCCUUAACACACUCAUACAAACAAAUCUACUUUUAAGCGUUCUGUCUCUCGAGCAUCCGCCUGGUGUUUGUAGCUUUAGCCUGCUAGCACCGCUGGUCAGCUAAAGCUACCAACCUCUUUCAUUUACUUAUUUUCUCACUUACUGGCUUUGCUCUUCACCUUGUACAAUGUCGCUUGCGUGUCUGUCCUUGAGUGCAGGAGAAGCAUUGAUGGAGGCGCUGGAGCUUGAAGCAGUGGAGUCCCAGAUUCGCUUGCUUGAGACGAAGCGAGCAGGGCUCAGGGCUAAGCUCUUAACCCGUACUCGCUCGUCUGAGGUUAGUGUUCAAUACAAUAACAUUUUUCCUUCUUCCUCAACCCGCGUGUUUCUCUGUCCAGGCCCAGCGCACCGAGGGCGCGGCUCUCCCAGGCGUCGUUCACGGCAACACCCGGCUACCACGGCCCCUGGGUGCAGCCGCGUAAGGUGCUUACCGGGUCCCGGGGCAGAACGUCUCCUCCUCCGGUGUUCGAGAUCCCCACGGAGAACCGCUUCGCCCCUCUCCGCGAGACGGGUCGCGAUGUGGCCAUCAUUGGCGACUCAAUCGUGCGCCACGUCUGCUCCGCUUCCUCCAAAGAUACCUACUAUCCUGAGCGCUGCCGAGAGCCUCGGUGCCGUCGUCCUCCACGUGGGGACGAACGACACCGGGCUCCGGCAGACGGAGAUCCUGAAGAAGGUCUUCAGGAGCCUGAUCGAGACGGUUCGACGCACCUCGCCUGCCACGCAGAUCAUCGUUUCUGGACCGCUUCCUACCUACCACCGAGGAAAUGAAAGGUUCAGUAGACUUUUUGCUCUAAUAAUGGCUAUUAACAUGGUGUGAAGAACAGAAAUUGCUCUUUGCCAAUAACUGGAAUCUUUUCUGGGAGUGUCCUAGGCUUUUCCGCGCUGACGGGCUGCACCCCAGUCGAGCUGGAGCUGAACUCCUGUCGGACAACAUCUCCAGAAUACUUCGCUCUAUCUGACUAGCCCUAAGACUAUGCAGAGUCACUGACUCGAUCCAAGACCAACGACGAGAUGAUCCCAAGGUUUCCAUAUCCUGGACCAGGCCAUAUCCUGAGCAGCUACUGUGGUGGUCAUGGAAGAGUGGAGAACAUGAGACUGAUUCCUGUGACGCUCCAGAGACAAACGAGUCUUCACUGAGGCCAGCUUCCAGCCUCCGCCACUGAGACUGCAGCUCUGCACAAGACGUUUGGCCAGCGGAGAAAUUAAAAUGAUCGUGCCCAACUGAGCCUGGUUUCUCUCAAGGUUUUUUUUCUUCACUUACGCCUUUUAGUGAAGUUUUUUUUCCCUCUCCGCUGUCGCCACGGGCUUGCAUGGUUCGGGAUCUAUAGAGCUGCGCAUCGUUGGAUUUGCUCUUCAGUGUUUGGACUCUCAGUAGUGAUUAUUAAACCACACUGAACUGAGCUAAACUGAACUGAACUUAAACACUAAAAACUGAACUACACUGUUCCAAUUUACUAUGACCUUUUAUGUGAAGCUGCUUUGACACAAUCUACAUUGUAUAAGCGCUAUACAAAUAAAGGUGAAUUGAAUUGAAUUGAAAGCAUCCUGACCAACUGCGUCACGGUCUGGUAUGGAAGCUGCUCUGUUGCUGAGCGUAAGGCACUGCAGCGGGUGGUGAAAACUGCCCAACACAUCACAGGGACUGCACUGCCAGCCAUAGAGGACAUCCAGAAGAAACACUGUCUGCGCAGAGAACGCAGUAUUCUUAAGGACACCUCUCACCCCGCUCACAGACUGUUUUCUCUCCUGCCUUCCGGCAGGCACUUCACUGACUCUUUUUUUUAUAUGGUAAUUAUGUUUAUUUGUCUGCACACUUCUGCUAUUAAUAGCAUCCUGUACAUAUAUUCAUUUAUUGUAAAUCUGUUCAUAGCUAAUACAACCUGUAUAUAA